UGUGGUGGAGUACCACGUUGAACACGCCUUCUCCUACUAAGAAAACAUGAGUUCCCUUAAGCUACAGAAGAGGCUUGCCUCUUCGGUUAUGCGCUGCGGAAAGAAGAAAGUUUGGUUGGAUCCAAACGAGAUUAAUGAGAUUGCCAAUGCAAACUCAAGACAGAACAUUCGUAAGCUCAUUAAGGAUGGGCUCAUAAUCAAGAAGCCAGUUGCGGUGCACUCCAGGGCGCGCGUCCGCAAGAACACGGAGGCCCGCAGAAAGGGCAGGCAUUGCGGCCAUGGAAAGAGGAAGGGCACAGCCAACGCCCGUAUGCCCACAAAACAAUUGUGGAUUGACAGAAUGCGCGUGCUUAGGCGCCUCCUUAAGAAAUAUAGAGAGGCUAAGAAAAUCGACAAGCAUCUCUAUCACGCUCUUUACAUGAAGGCAAAGGGUAAUGUCUUCAAAAACAAGCGUGUUCUUAUGGAGUACAUCCAUAAGAAGAAGGCAGAGAAGACUCGCACAAAGAUGUUGACAGACCAGGCUGAGGCCCGCAGGCAGAAGGUGAAGGCGGCACGAAAGCGAAGGGAAGAGAGGAUUUCGCAGAAGAAGCAGGAGCUUCGGCAACUGUAUCAGAAUGAAGCUGAGACUGAAACCACUGCUCCUGCCAAGAAGUAAUCCUUCCCCCUCGUCUGUGUUUAUUUAAAUUGUCAAUAAAAUUGCAUAUAAGAGA